ACAUUCCAGGAGCUUGCAAUAGGAAGGCUACUGAGGGAGGAGGCCUUAGCCAUUUUUGCUCUGGAGGAUAUGCCCAGUAUGCUGCUUCUAGCAAUGUUUAAGGUGGCCUUCCUGAACAGACAUACAGACAUCCUGAAGGCCAUGGUGCCUACCUGGCCGUUCCCAUGCCUUCCUGUAGGAUCCCUGAGAAAGCCACACACACACCUUGAGACUUUGAAGGCUUUGCUUGAUGGGCUAGAUGUGCUUAUUACAGAGAAGGCUUGCCCCAGGAGGGGGAAAUUCAGAGUGUUGGAUUUGACAUCUGUGGACCAUGACUUCUGGAGUGUCAUGAGUCAGAAGCAGCCAGUGGAGUCAUGCCCUUACUCUGGGGUGAGGAAAUAUUUGAAGGUGGUAACUGACCUCAAACUUGUGAGGGGCAAGCUCGAUGAAUGUGCCUUGUACUUGUUGCAGUGGGCCCAGCUGAGAAAAGAUUUGAAACGCCUAAUCUGGCAGAUGAGAAACCUUCACACACUCAUGCUUGAGAGCAUCACAAAUACCAUCAGUAUGACUGAUUCUGAAGAGCUGGAAGAGGAGUUUUAAAAUGUAUUGCUUUCGCAGUUCCCCAAAUUUCAUUGUCUACAGCAUCUCUAUGUAAAUGACAUCUCUGUUCUCGAUGGCUGCCUGACAGAGUGGCUCAGGUGCCUGAAGAAGCCCUUGGUGACCAUGUCCAUCACUUGCUGCCAGCUCUCCCAGUCAGACUUGGAUCACCUGCCCCAGUGCCUGAGCCCUUUUGAACUUAAACAUCUGUUUCCAAAUUCUGUACUUGUAUGUGACAUUUGGCUUAAGCCACUAGGAAGUCUCCUUGAGAGGGUCACAGCCACCUUGCAAACCCUGGAACUGGAGAAAUGUGGGCUAGAGGAUUCUGAAAUAUCGGUGCUCUUGCCUGCCCUGAGCCAAUGUUCCCAGCUCACCAAGGUCAAUUUCAUUGAUAAUAAUCUGUCUCUGCCUCUCCUGAUGCAACUGCUUCACAACACAGCCAAACUGAGCAAGCUGACCCAGGAGCUAUACCCUGCACCUCUGGAAUGCUACCAUCAUAGGGGCCUGGUACUUGUAGAUCAGUUUGACCAACUUUGUCCUGAACUCUUAAGUAUAAUAAGGACAAAAAGAAAGCCCCAAAAAGUGACUUUCACUACAAGAAAAUGCUAUAAAUGUUUCAAUCGUUCUAUCUAUGAGCUGGAGAGCAGACAUUGCCUGUGUUGGCAAUAA